AUGGCGCCCACCACUAGAAAGAGAGCCAAGACAGCCGCGACGUCUGAUUCUGCCGGCGCCGACACCGGUGGAACUUCACACGUUGCCGAAGAAGGUUCUUGUCGCGAUGACAAAAUCGACAACACUUUCGACGACGCUUUCCCUGACGCCCAGUCCGACCAUGACUCUGAUCACUCUGACUAUGUGGCGAACGGUCGCAAGAAGCGCAAGAGAAAGAGUGACAAAGGGCAGAAAGCAAAGCCAAAACCCUUGACCACGUUCGAAGGACCACCACCCUUGCCUGUUGGAGAUCUCUCUGACAAUGAAUAUGCUCGCAACGAAGACGUGACUGCCGCAGAGUCAGAUGACGAUGGUCUCUGGUCUACCUCGCGUCGCAGCAAUGGCGCGGCAUUGGCGGUGGAAAAGGAGAACAAAGUUGCUCCAGAACUGUCCAUUCAGAUCACUGGCAACGGUGAAGCUAAGACACUCAUCAGCCAUGACCUGGCAGCUCUCCUCAGCAACGCGGGAAUGACGAACUUGACCUUGACUUUGCCAGCUGCAUUCGCAGGUGAGAAAGCUGCUUCCAACAUGGACAAUCUUGCAAAUACCACACCUGGUCAAAAGAAGAAGAAGCAGAAGAAGAUGAAGAAGUCAGGCUUUUUCGAGACUCUCAGCCCUGAGUUGCGUCUGCGAAUUUACAAACAACUCUCCAAGUUGGACAAGCCCAUUGAAUUUGGAAAGAGUGAGGUCUCAGCGUCAGCUCAGUUCCUGCGAACCUGCAAGCAGGCCCACGACGAAGGCAGAGAAAUUCUUUAUGGCGAAAAUUCCUUCCACUUCACCCGUGACACUAGGACUCGAGGGAAAUUUUAUGACAAGGUCUGGAAAGAGAUUGGCUACAAGGACAUCCGACGAUUCCUCCAAGGCAUUGGUCCUGACAACAUUGCCUGCCUCAAACACAUCUCAUUCCAACUCACGGAUGCACCGGACAAUCGCACGAGAUCUGUCCCUGGACAAAUUACGGAGCGCAGAUUUGUCGAAGACCCUCACCUUCAAGAGAUCUUUCGACUCAUUGCGGCUAACGCUACUCUCAAGACCCUUGCUCUCCAAUUUGCCGGUCGCGCCAUGGUCACCCAGUACGAUCGCCGUUUUUUGAGAGCUCUCACCGAGAUGAAGUGCUACAAACUCGUCAUCAUCAACCAGUUCUUCAGCAGCAGCCACAAAUGUGCUUACAAUCUCAAGGACAAGAUCAAGCAAGUGAUGUGGGUGAGAGACGAAAACGGGAAUAGAGUCAAGCUUGAGGAAGCCAGAAAGCCAGUCAAGAUGGUGUAUUCCGUCGGACCAGCAGCGCCAUUCAUGGUCAACUGGGAAGAGGUACGCUAA